AUGGAUAAUGAUAAAUUGUAAAAUAGAUAGACAUUGUUAGAAAAUCUGAAAAUAGGAGUUGCAGAACACGAGGCAUAUAUAAAUAUUAUCGCAGAAAAGCGAAAGAAGCUGUGGUAUUUCCCUUCUGGUGUUUUGGUUAUCUACGUUUUUCUCAUCUUCACAACAUACAUACAAUACAACUCUCAAAUCUCUCGUUUUUUUGGCUACCGCCAUGGAUCCCUACAGGAACCGUCCAUCAAGUGGUUUUAAUACCCCUUUCUGGACUACAAAUUCGGGUGCUCCUGUAUGGAAUAACAAUUCAUCCUUGACCGUUGGAUCCAGAGGUCCAAUCCUGCUUGAAGACUAUCAUUUGAUAGAAAAACUAGCUAAUUUUGAUAGAGAACGGAUCCCAGAGCGUGUUGUGCAUGCUAGAGGAGCUAGUGCAAAGGGUUUCUUUGAGGUCACCCAUGAUGUCUCACAUCUCACAUGUGCUGAUUUUCUUCGAGCUCCUGGAGUUCAGACGCCUGUCAUUGUGCGUUUCUCUACUGUUAUUCAUGAACGUGGCAGCCCUGAAACCCUCAGGGAUCCUCGAGGUUUCGCAGUGAAGUUUUACACCAGAGAGGGUAAUUUUGAUCUUGUGGGAAACAAUUUCCCUGUCUUUUUCAUCCGUGAUGGAAUGAAAUUCCCAGAUGUGGUACAUGCUUUUAAGCCCAACCCCAAGUCUCACCUUCAGGAGAAUUGGAGGAUCUUUGACUUCUUAUCCCAUGUUCCUGAAAGCUUGCACAUGCUUACCUUCCUCUUGGAUGAUUUGGGUAUUCCACAAGACUACAGGCACAUGGAAGGCUCUGGUGUUAACACCUAUACUCUGAUCAACAAGGCUGGAAAAGUACACUAUGUGAAAUUUCACUGGAAGCCUACUUGUGGUGUAAAGUGUUUGUUGGAAAAUGAGGCCAUUAAGGUUGGAGGAUCCAAUCAUAGUCAUGCCACCCAGGAUCUAUAUGAUUCAAUUUCGGCUGGAAACUAUCCAGAGUGGAAACUUUACAUCCAGAUAAUGGAUCCUGCUCAUGAAGACAAAUUUGACUUUGAUCCACUUGAUGUGACCAAAACCUGGCCCGAGGAUAUCCUACCCCUGCAGCCAGUUGGCCGCCUGGUCUUGAAUAAGAACAUUGAUAACUUCUUUGCUGAGAAUGAGCAGCUUGCAUUUUGCCCUGGUAUUGUGGUUCCUGGUGUUUCAUAUUCAGAGGACAAGUUACUCCAGACUAGGAUCUUUUCAUAUUCUGAUACUCAGAGGCACCGUCUUGGACCAAACUAUUUACAGCUCCCUGUUAAUGCUCCAAAGUGUGCUCAUCACAAUAAUCAUCAUGAAGGUUUCAUGAAUUUCAUGCAUAGGGAUGAGGAGGUCAAUUAUUUCCCAUCCAGAUGCGAUCCAGCUCGCAAUGCUGAGAGUUUCCCCGUUCCUUCUGCUAUCUGCAGUGGAAAGCGGGAGAAGUGUGUUAUUGAGAAGGAGAACAAUUUCAAGCAGCCUGGUGAGAGAUAUCGAUCUUGGGCUCCUGACAGGCAAGAGCGGUUCCUCAACCGGUUGGUUGGAGGCUUAUCUGAUCCUCGGAUCACCCAUGAGCUGCGCACUAUCUGGAUCUCUUACUGGAUUCAGUGCGACAAAUCCCUGGGUCAGAAGCUAGCAACUCGCCUCAACGUGAAGCCAAGCAUUUGAAGGUAACGCCACCCGCAAUUCCAAGGUGCAGAUAGAGAAUAUGCUGGUUCAGAAACACAAAAAGCAGGGUUAAUUUCCGAUUGCUUUAGUUUGUUGUAAUAGUAAGCCAACUCGGGGAACGCUUUUGACAAGCUGUUCUCAUUUAAUAAAUGCGAGUCCUAUGCUGUCGCUGUUAUGCUGUACAGUUUGUGGAAUUAUUAUCUUAGCUGUUCUAUUUAUAUACUCCCUCACCCCUGAAAGUUUACUUUCCA